AUCAACCUUAAUGAACCACCCAGGGCGAUGGCUUCUCUCACGCUGUACCUGCUGCAUGUGCUGCUGCUUGUGGACUCAGCUGCAGCCCUGAAUAGAUUUUCUUUCCUCUUCUAUGGAGGAUCACUGAGCGUUACGCCCAAAGGACAGAAUUCUGAUGGGACGUAUAAGGCCGAACUCCGCAACAAGCUGACAACAUACACGUGUGACCGCUACCCCUCGGACUACUCCUGUAACUCUGGUAACUGUGGACAGGUGACCAAGAACUCUUUCAGACGUUACGAUGAUGUCAACAUGACUUCCUAUGGUAUUAGCUCCUGCACAGACGACAUCAUCAAAGAACUCAAACUCUACAGCAACUUACCCUUCGAGAUCAGAUACCCAACAAUCCUUAAUUCUGGACUUGGUCUGGGCUACUGGGUAGCUAACACCAGGUAUCCCCCCAAAUGGAGAAUGAUGGGCCAUGUGGAUCUGGGAACUCGAUCUGAUACUGGUGAAUCCAACAGAUUGCCCGUCACUAGCAUCCUGCCUCUUCUCAGAGUAUCCAGGAACUGCCCACGAUCCUUCAAAAUCACAGCGUUUGACCAUGAUGGCGACAACGUCAGAUGCAGGAUACCAAUGAACUGGAAUGGGUAUGAGUGUGGGAAUUGUCGUCUGCCUGCAGGUUUCUCUUUCGACGAGAAUUCCUGCUCCAUACAGUAUACACACAGUACUCAAGUUGGAAACCAAGCCAUUGAGAUUGUUGUGGAGGACUUUCCCAACAACCCCAUUACGCUGCGCUACUCUGAUGGAUCUUACACAGAUAAGCGCCCCUUUAUGCCCCCAAAUCGGAGGGAUAGACGCCAGGCAUUCGCUCCAACCACAGCUUAUCCAACCACAGCUGCACCAACCACAGCUGCUCCAACCACAGCUGCACCAACUACAGCUGCCCCAACCACAGCUGCACCAACCACAGCUGCACCAACUACAGCUGCCCCAACCACAGCUGCACCAACCACAGCUGCACCAACCACAGCUGCCCCAACCACAGCUGCCCCAACCACAGCUGCUCCAACCACAGCUGCACCAACCACAGCUACCCCAACCACAGCUGCCCCAACCACAGCUGCCCCAACCACAGCUGCUCCAACUACAGCUGCCCCAACCACAGCUGCCCCAACCACAGCUACCCCAACCACAGCUGCCCCAACCACAGCUGCUCCAACUACAGCUGCACCAACCACAGCUGCACCAACCACAGCUGCACCAACCACAGCUGCUCCAACUACAGCUGCACCAACCACAGCUGCACCAACCACCACAGCUGCACCAACCACAGCUGCACCAACCACAGCUGCACCAACCACAGCUGCACCAACCACAGCUGCACCAACCACAUCGCCCCCAAUGUUUUACAGAUGGACAAUUGCUGCUUUGAGCCAGCUUCCUCUGCAGUUUAGUGUUCAAGUGGACCAAUACGCUGACCAUUCAUGCCUUGAUGGUGAUUUCUUUCCCGUGUUCUUGGCACCAACUCCGAGCAAUGGUGUGAAUCUUCCUGCAUUUGUUGACCAAACCCUCGAAAUCAAAGUCAAAUCCAGAGCAGAAUACGCCACGAUUAACAACCUAAUUAUUACUGGACCAAGGGGCAUUACCAAAGAGAAAAUCUCUGCUGAAGAAUACAUCAUCAAAUGGACACCAACUGACAAUGAACUGAACGACCAUUUUCCAAUUUGCUUUGUUUCUGAAGCAAUAGACGGAGAAAACCGAGUCUUUCAAUCCGAGCUCCACUGUGUCAUUGUAGAUGUCGGACACUAUGAGACCAAAGUGACAUGCAAUGAAACCACAAUGAUGGUGGAAGUGGAGAAGUCCUACCUCAUCAGACGCCACGAGAACAACCUGCAUCUGAGAGCCCUCAGCGAUGCUUCCUGCAACCUGGCAACGCACUCCAACCAGACCCACCUGGUGGCGGUCAUGUCGCUAGGUGAAUGUGGAACCUUUGUAGAGGAGCAAGGAGACAACAUCAUCUUCAAGAACGAGAUCACAUCUGCUAACCCGAAUAAAGUCAUUACCAGGCAGCACGACAUUGAGAUCGCUUUCUUCUGCAGCUAUCCAAAGCAAACCAACUUGACCCUGGGAUUCACCCACAAAAAUCCAUACGCCUUCGAAGAGAAGGGUUUUGGUGCAUUCAAUUUCCAAUUUGAAUUUUUUGAAACCCAGCGUUUCCAAAAGCCAGUUGAUGCCGACGUUUACCCAGUGGAGGUGUACCUCAAACAGAUGAUGUUCAUGCAGAUCGAAGCGACCGCCUCCAUCCCCAACACAGAGCUGUUUGUAGAGACCUGCAAGGCGACUCCUUAUGACAACCCAAACUCUCAAAUCAGCUACACCAUCAUCGAACAUGGGUGCGUGAGGGACAACACGGUGCAAAUCUACCCGAGCCCCAAGUCUCAGUUCAGAUUUGGAAUGCAGGCUUUUGAGUUCAUCGGUACUCAUGAAUCAGUGUACAUCACUUGCACGGUCAUCCUGUGCGAGACUGGCAUUGCAGGGACCAGGUGCUCUCAGGGAUGUAUCCGACCCAACUCAGGCAUGAACCGCGUCAGAAGGGAAGCUGUGGCCCAGUCCUCCAGCCACUCAAUUUCCCAGGGACCUUUGCGCCUUGCUUCAACUUCUGACAGCAAAGUAUCUGGACCGAGCAUGAGUCUUGCCAUGAACCUCCUCCUUGUUGUCGGCUGCCUCCUGGUGUGCGGAGUAGUCAUCUACCGUUCAAGGAGGUCCAGAGCUAAAUACCAACCCCUGGCGACCACUGACACCGACUAAACACAGAAACACUGUUCUGAUCUGCUCUGAUUAUAAGACAGAUUCUCAGAUACUGUGUAAUGUUCCCUGUAGUCAAAGUUUCUGGUAUAGUUUUGGGGGAAUGAGUCAUUGUCUCACUUUCUAAAAUGGGUGUGUCAUAGCUUUUACCUGGGUGAAGGUUGGUUUCUUGAGGUUUGAUCAAUGUAGAAUAUAGUUUUUAUGAAGGAGUCCUAAGAAUAAUCUCCGUGGACCAUAAGUAUCUGCAGUUCGAUCAAUGCUAUAAACUUUUUUAAUAACUUUAUAUUUCAAGACAUGGGCACCAAUAUGACAUACAGUAUAAAGAAGGUGAAUAAUGACUUAAACAUUAUUAAAGCUUUAUAUUUAACUUCUUACAACAUGAAUAGGAAAAAACAGCAUCCAAAUAAUAAAUACACGAGUAAAUGAGUAUGCGAGUAAAUGCAUGACAAUAAUGGUUUUAAGAGAAACUAAAUAAUAAUACUUGCAAAAACAAAUCCGUGAUUUGGUUGUUGAUUCCCAAUAUGUCUGUUAAUUAAAAAGCAACAAACUGGU